GUCAGCUGUUGCCAGCAAACCGCAAUACACCGAGUCCCAUUGAUCCUGACACCAUCCAGGUCCCGGUGGGUUAUGAGCCAGACCCGGCAGAUCUUGCCCUCUCCAGCAUCCCUGGGCAGGAAAUGUUUGACCCUCGCAAACGCAAGUUCUCUGAGGAAGAACUGAAGCCACAACCCAUGAUAAAGAAAGCUCGUAAAGUCUUCAUCCCUGAUGAUCUGAAGGAUGACAAGUACUGGGCAAGGCGCAGAAAGAACAACAUGGCGGCCAAGCGCUCCCGCGAUGCCCGGCGGCUGAAGGAGAAUCAGAUUGCCAUCCGGGCUUCGUUCCUGGAGAAGGAGAACUCGGCCCUUCGCCAGGAGGUGGCUGACUUGAGGAAGGAGCUGGGCAAAUGCAAGAACAUACUUGCCAAGUACGAGGCCAGGCACGGGCCCCUGUAGGAUGGAUGGCAUUUUUGUGGGCUGGCUUUUGAAUAGAUGGACAGCUUGUUUCCUGCCUGGUAGCACCACACCCAACCUUCCUGACAUCAGUACUUCACCAGAGGCAUAAACACAACUGACUCACAUUUUGGUGUGCAUCUGUGUGUAUGUGUGUGUACAUUUGCUGUGCCCUCAUGUGUGGUCAGCGGUGUGUGUGUGUGUGUGUGUGUGUGUGUGUGCGCGAAGUCCUUUGCACUUGUCGUUUUUAGACAGUCUUCUCAUUGUCUUUUAGUUUCAAACAAGAAAGGUGCCAUGUUUUUACUAGACCUGGGAGACCCGUCAUGGGAUUCUCUCCCACUCCUGCCCUUUCUGCCUUGCUUCAUGUUCCAGCUCACCACUUUACCAGGGCUCUGAUUGGGCUCACUAAGAAGGGCCUGGUAAAACAGUGGAUCUCAGUUUUUCAAGAGCAGGAGAGCUCUUGUUUCUGUUUAAUCUGUAAGUUACCAUUUCUAAUAAGGUGCACAGAAUACCUUAGCACUACACUGCAGCUCUCUUCAUUUAUAGGUUGCUUUCCUCACUUUUUCAGCGUUGGUGAUAAUCGUAUUCAAAUUUAAAGUGCUGUUUAGAUUUGCUAGAUCCCAUAUUUACUUAACUGCUCUCUACUGUUUCCUUUUAAUUCCACCAACCGAUAAGUAAGAAUAUUAUUAUAGAACACAGAGUGUGUUUUUGCACUGUCUGUACCUAAAGCAAUAAUCCUAUUGUACGCUAGAGCAUGCUGCCUGAGUAUUACUAGUGGACAUAGGAUAUUUUCCCUACCUAAGAAUUUCACUGUCUUUUAAAAAACAAAAAUUAAAGUAAUGCAUUUGAGCAUGACCAGAACAUCCUCAGGACAGGAAAGAAGAGGGCAAUGGGAGGUCUAAGAAUAAGAGGUUAAUUUAUUAGUAUGUAAGCCAAAAACUGCAUCUUGAAAUAGCCUUUGACAUUGGUAUGUUUGAUAUUGUUGUCUCCCCUUUCCCAAACUCACCCCUCUCCCACUUUUCUAGUCAACUUUUUCCAUAUCCUUGAUAUGCAAAACAACUCAAUUACUUAAGAUUCAGUUCUCCCUAUUUUUGUACAUUUUUUGUGAAUUAUGCUUUGUGGUUUUUUAAAAAUCAGUUAAUUAAGUUUAAAAGUUGAUGUUCUGUAAGACUCUUCCUCGUGGUGUCAUUUCUGAAAGCCUCAUAAAUUAAUUAUUCUGGAGCUCAUGUUUCUUAUUCUCUGUUUUUGAACGUAUGUGCUCUUAUGAAGUAGACUUCUGAAAAAUGAAUGUAAAAGACACUGGCGGAUGGUGUUGUCACAAACUGUGGUUUAUCCAAUCAAUUGAAAUGUUUACUAUAGACCAAAAGGAGAGAUUAUUAAAUUGUUUAAUGUUUAUACAGAGUAAUUAUAGGAAGUUCUUUUUUGUACAGUAUUUUUCAGAUAUAAAUACUGACAAUGUAUUUUGGAAGACAUAUAUUAUAUAUAGAAAAGAGAAAGGGAAAACUAUUCCAUGUUUUAAAAUUAUAUAGCAAAGAUAUAUAUUCACCAAUGUUAUACAGAGAAAAAGCACUUGGGAGUUUUUGAAGUCUUUAAUAUUUUAAGCCUAUUACUGACACAUCAGCAUGUUUUCUGCUUUAAAUUAAAAUUUUAUGACAAUAUCGAAGCUUGCUUGCCAUGACGAAUCCUGCUCCAACACUUUCUUGUUCCUUAUUAGGUCUCAGAAAGAAGUCAGUUAACAUCACCCAAAAGCACAAAAUGAAUUUUAGUCAAAUAUUUAUUGGAUGAUACAGUGUGUUUUAGGAAAAGCAUCUGCCACAAAAAAUGUUCACUUCGGAAUUCUGAGUUCCUGGAAUGGAGUGUUCCUUCCAGUGCCCCAAAUGCUUUUGUUCUCCUCUUUGGGUCCAUGCAUCUCAGGCAGAAUAAGGUCGACAUCGGUGCUAUGUGUACGGUUUAUAAUUUGAUAGAUGUUUUGACUUUAAAGAUGAUUGUUCUUUUGUUUCACUAAGUUGUAUAAUGUUAAGAUAUUCUGCUGUUACUGCAAAGAAACAUUUUUGUGUUAGGUUUAAAUCCCCUUUCAUCAAUGGAGUUUUCUAGUCUCCUGCCUCCUCAGUGGAUUCUUCAGUGAUCUGGUGGUCUCCUCCUCACUCCAUCAGGCUUCUCUCUAUUGUUACCAUUUUGGGAAAGGUGACCUAUAGGGUAUUCCUACUGGGUACCCAUUUAUUCCAAGCCACAGAUGAUGAGUACUAGAAUGGAAAUACAUUGCUUAGGUAAAUAACUAAUAUAAUAGGCAAAAUCUUUGGCUAGCUUAUGUAGAACUGAAUAAGAGACAAUUCAGUGAAAGCCACAAGUGGACACAGAGUUGGCCUUUUUAUGGAUGAAGAGGAUAAUUACAGAAUUGUUAAAUGGUAGUACUCAUUAAAGCAAAGAAAAUCAUGUCUGAGUAGAGAAGUAUUGAAGAGUUGCAUCUGAGACCAUUCAGAUUUAUGGAAGUAUCAAAUGGUAGCUGAAAGAAAACAUAUGUGAUCAGUGUUUCUUCUUGGGAUUAGGUUGUUUGUAUUGAAUGAACAUCACAAAUCUUUUCUGCAGAAGAAAUUGAAAGAUAAUGACAAAACUUGCUCUUUUGUGUGCCAGGAGAGGUUUUAGAAACCUACCUUGUCUUGGAAAAUUCAACACUUUUGAGUCUGUACAGGUGCCUUAUAUAUAGGUCAUUGUAUACACACAACACACACACUUCAUUCCUGGACUGACUGCCUCUCUGUCCAAGGAAAUUAACUGCAAAGAAGGCAAUAAUUCUGGUAAAUGGAGUGGGAAGUUGACUUGAAGCAACUUCAAUUCGGGGUAAAAUGAGUGUCUGCAGGCUGCAGCUAUUAGGAAAUGAAAGCUUGCAUCCUUUUCAUCCUAAGCAUCUUUCAGAGACUAAGUAGUUGGGCUUUAUAAAAAUAAAUGCAAGUCUUAUCAUUCCAACAUCAUUCAGAUACAAUUUGUUAUGAGCAGCAUAGGAGUUCCUGAAAAGGUCACAUCAUCUUUUCUUUUGACUAGAUUUGCAAAGAAAGGCAAAUGUUGAUCAGCCUUUCUUGUUGUUCCUGCUCCUGCUACCUUGAAGGGACAGGUAGGAGACGGAGGAAGGCUAUAAAUGAUCAUCACCUACUCUUGAGAAAGUGGCCACUUUGGAUCAUUCAAAAACCCACAUCCAGCAAGGCUGUGAUAGGCCUUUCUCUUUGGAUGCUACAGGCCUCCAAAGACCCAUCCCUGGAAGCAGGCAGAUGUUUGUGUGAGGAGAGCACAGUAGAAUUUUGGCAUUGGAUGGGUGGUUAGCUGUAUAAGCUAACCCAGCACCUCCUUCUAACCACUGAUUUUGUUUGGGAACUCACAAUAAUUUUAAACAUCUAGGGUCAGUUUUCAGAAGGGUCAAGGAGAAUUUUAGGUGGUACCCUUUUCCCCUGCUUAAGGGUGAAACAUCAGACAUUGUAUAAAAUGCAAAGUUAGACUUUGGUUUUUCCAGAAGUUCGUCUCAUUUUCCCCCCUUAAUGUUCCUUUUAGGAAAAGUCACACUUAAUCAGAGUUAGUGAGAUCCCAAGGCAGUGGCCAGCUUGGCUGCAUGGGGCCUGUGGAGGCUUGGAUUUAACACUGGGGUCAGCCCCCUGCAGUGACUGAGAUGAAGGGUUAUGUGCUCCGCAUGGAAAGCACUUUCUGCUCUCAGUGUGCUCACUUCCUGCCAAGGGCUCCUAGGUACCCCCAACUGGUGAGACCAAAUUCUCCUCCAGAUGUUUGCUAAAAUUAAUGUCAUUUAAAAAUGAGUGAACUCAUUUUAAAAUUGGAUUUAGUAACUAAAUUCAAAGGAUCUUGAGGAAGCCAAGUGUUUGUGUGUGCAUGUCUGUGUAAUUUUUGAGCACCUUACCCAACACAACAGUAACUCAUUAUUCUUUUGACAACACCACAGAGAUGGCAUCUAUUAUACAGGUACAAGUUAACAUGAGGUUAGCUUAAUUGUCUGCCAUGGGAUUGGUUGUAUUUAUGCUGUUAAGUCCAAACCUUUAUCUGUCUAUUAUUCUAAAUGUUUAAUAA